AUGAAUCUCAAAACUCGAUCUCAGGCCAAGUCGCUCUCGCAAACACCCAAGGCGAACCCGAAACCUACAACGGCAAAGGGCCAGAAGCGCAAUUCACCGCGCCAAUCCAGCGCAAACCGGAAAAAGUCCUCGGAAAUAGCAGAUACCAAGGCCAAACGGGUUCGCACUGGAUGCUUGACCUGUCGCGAACGGCACUUGAAAUGUGACGAGGCCUUGGGGCGGUGCCUAAAUUGUCGCAAGUCGGAUAGGGUAUGCAGACGAGGCAUUCGGCUGAACUUCAUCGACAUACAAACCGUUGCGCCUCCGCAUAUCAUCGCUCGACCGCGAGGUGCAAAGGUGACUUUUCGAGAUGACUCGCGCUUCAUCGCAUCAGAGUAUGUUGGGGGGUUCGAGAGAUACCCCCCGCCACAACCGGACAGCCCUGUCGAGGAGAGAAGACAAUUACAACACGAAGCGUUCAAUCUCAUGGGAUCAGACCAGCUAACGAGCCUUUUUCAAUCGGUGACCCACUCAUUCGAUCCAUCUGCCUUUGACUUUUCCCAUGCCGUGGCUGCAGACUUUCUUGUUGGGCAAGAUAGCUGGCAUCAUGGGCCUCAUCUCAUGCCGGGCGACGAAUUACUACCCCACGGAACGUCUCGUUUUGCGCAUAAACUAGCGAUGAAACAGUAUAACCCAUCAUCUUUAAGCGAUCCCGAGCAGGUUUAUCUUUUGCAAGUUUUCGCUGAUGAGGUUGGGCUUUGGAUGGACUCGCUAGAUUCCAUGCAAUAUUUCUCGCAAAUCCUACCUUUACAUGCCAUCGAUGAGCCGUUGUUACUACAGGCCUUUUUAGCAUGUGGCGCACGACAUCUUUCGCUUGUGAACUCCUCAUUUGAGAAGGCAAAAGCUGCACAUUACUAUGAUUCAGCCACUCGGGAUCUAAUGAAUGCCAUGCAAGACCCGAAUCGUGAUUCCGUUCUAUGCACUACGGCCGCGCUGGCUCUCAGCAUUUACGAGAUCAUGGCUCCGCAGCAAACACCAGCAGCGAAUCACAUUGCAGGUUCAAGAGCUCUGAUUCGUAUGGAACUAUUGAGCUCUCUACACUACAAGUGGAUGUUGUCCUGGAAUCCCGAUACGUGGGGAGUUGAUAUGGAUAUGCGUCAGCAUCAGCAUCAGGCGCAUCCUUUCGGGAAGGCUGAAGACCUCUGGCUACACCGGAUCAUCUACAUAUGUGCCAAAGUUGCCAAUUUCCGCAUUGCUACACAGUCACUUCAGUCGUUGGAUGGCUCUAUGGAUCAUGCCAAUGAACUGAGUGAUGCCUUCCUGGAGUGGAGCCACUGCGAUUCCCUGUGUGAACAGUGGUUCGAAAAUGCUCCAAGAUCAUUGAAACCUCUUGGUAUUGUGCCACAAUGGCAGACUGAGCCCCGGUCCGCAUUCCCAACAAUUUGGCUCCACAAGCGGACCGCGAUCGUCUCACAACUAUUUUACCACACAGCUUGCUUAUUGCUAGGCAAGGCCCACCCAUUGCUAGGUGAAUUUCAUCGCAAAAUGCAACAAUCACAUGCCCGUGACAUUUGUGGUAUUGUCGCAAACACAAAAGACAGGGGUGUUAUCAAUGUUUCAAUCCGCUGUCUCGCCAUUGCCGCGGAGUGUUUGGACAGCGAGGAUGCGCAAAAGGAGACUCUGGGAUUAUUUGACGCUAUUGUGAAAGAUACAAGCUGGCGCGCUGAGCCGAUCAAGGAUGAGCUCAAGCGAAUCUGGGGCUGGUCCGUUCCGCACCUUGAAACUGUGGACCCUACCCAAAUGCACAAUCACCAUUAUGGGCUAGACCUAGCUUCACCGAUUCCCAAGGGCCCAGAGUUCCAACCUGGACUGUCGAAUCCACUUUUGGAUGUGGGGGACUUCUCGAUGGAAAACCAUCCGUACCAGGAGCAUUAUGUUGUGCCUCAUCAUCAUGUCCUGGAUCAUCACUUAUACGGGCCUUAUCUCCUCUGA